ACAUGGAAAACUUAUUCCUGCAAGGUGGUUACCUCUUGAAAAGGAAUUGCUUGCAAAUAAAUAUAAAAAGAUAAUUCUGUACAGCGAAGUCGUGGAAAUUGAUGGUAAAAACGAGUUUCCGCUUAAAGACAAAGAACAAAUGAAGGUAUUUCUCCUCUAUCAACAUGCAAAAGGAAACUUAAUUUACUUUGACGAAGAGCCACUAUCAGCAUACGUUGCUCUGGACACGCAGUAUGUUAUUGACGCAUUUAGAUGUAUAAUUACGUCAGAGAAAUUUUGCAAGAGAGACCCAAAAUAUCGCCAUCUUUGGAAGACUCUAAGACAGGACGCAAAGUUAAACAUGCAAUUGCUUGAGAGAGUUUGGAGUACCGAUGCUAAAAACAACUUUCUGGAACACAAAGACGUGCUGCUUAUGUUGAUGCAAAGAAAUCAUAUUAUUUCGGAAGCAUUGAGUUAUGACGAAGAAACUGAAGAGACUAAAGGACUUGGAUGGUAUGUUGUACCAUGCUUUCUCCGCUCAUACAGAGCAAAUGAUACUCUAAAAGAAUUCGUCACUGGAAGACAACAGACUUUGCUGAAGUUUGUAAUAUCCUUUAAUAUCUCUCCAGUUGUGCAAAUAGUGUUUUAUCGGGUCAUUGCAGCUUUGGUUGGAAAAUGGGAGAUUGUUUCCUUUAAAGUUCCCGACCAAGAGAAGCAGGUGUUGCUGUAUGAAAAUCUUGGUGUAUUCAGACUUGACCGUCAGCAUGUCGGAAUAGUUGAACUUCACCAAGGUUUCAUUGAUUUACGGGUCCAAAACCUUUGUAAUUCGGGUAUUAAUGCUGCCAUUGUCGACUUGAUUCGACGAUUUGUGGUUUCAAACGUCAUGAACGAAUUCAAAAAACAUAGGCAGGCAUCAACAAAACAAAGAACCCCUUUUAAGAUUUGCUUUAAGUGCAACCACGAAAGUCACUGCUUAGAUGGAAGUCAACAAACUUUAUCAUUAGGAGAACUUAAAGGAACAGUGGUUGAACCUUGCCCAGAUAUGGUGAGUGGACAUACAAUAAACACACGAAAGGCAUAUUAUGAAUGGUUUCCAGAUGACCUGAACAUAGGAUUGAAAACUGAUUAUGUGUUAAAAGAAAGAGACCUCAGCAAACUUUCUACAACAGUAGGAGAAAAUUGGGAAAAGCUGGGUAUUGAACUUGGUUUACGCACCGUUCAACUACAACACAUAACAUCUGACUACCCACGAACAGGGAUGAGGAUAUUUAAGAUGCUACUGGAAUGGACUGAUCAGAGGCCAGGCGAUGCCACACUAAAUACACUUAUUCAAGCCAUGAAAUCAGCAAAGGACGUGUACGUUGAAUGGGAUGAGGUUAGGAACAUAGUCGAAGAAAUAGCGUCCAAAAAUAACAUCAGACUAGCGAAGAAGACAAGCACUGCAGAUGAAAUAUAAGAGACAAAAUAUAACAAUGACUCCGUUUCUGAGAUGAGCAGAAAAGUCGUCCUGUAUCUUAUUUGAAUAAACGAAACAACGAAAAAAAAACAGAACAUUUAAACAUUGAAAAAAUAACGAGUGUUACAUUACAGAAGAAUCGGGAAAAGAACAAUAACAAGAUCACAUUUGACAAAAAAUAUAUAAACAUAAUUAUAAUGAAGACUUGGAAACAUAACAUUUUCGACAGAAUAUGGAGAAGUGGAUAAAAUUUGAUAGUAUAUAGAUAAAGUGAAAUAAUAUAAUAAUUGCAAUAAUCGUUAAAAAUGCCUACUUAGAAGCUAUGCACAGGAAUAAAGACAAUUAAUAACAAUUGAAACGAUUUGUAAUUUGGAUGAACGAAAGGUUCCUUCUGUAAAACAGUAUAUCAACAGAAACAAGAGAAACACGUUGGCAACGUUAAUGGCAAUAUUGCAGAGUCAUUAUUUCAUUUGUUAUCACUACAAUAAACUUUGAAUAGAAAAAACAUUGAAACAAGAGUGUGUAUCCACAAUCAAAUAAUUAGAUCGCAGUAUCCUUUGAUUAAUGCAUUCUAUGAAUAAUAAAACAUUGUUUUCUUUCUAUUGUUACAAACUGUGAACGACACAAGAUGUGAAGUCAAUUUGCGAGUAUAUGAAAAUAGCUUCUUAAUCGUUAUUCCUUAAACUGUCGCCACUAUGUGAAAGACUGUAAAUCGUAGAACAAAAUGGAUGUGAGAUAAACUCUUUAUACUGUGCUCCUCUUAGUACUAUACGCUUCGAAGACAGAAAACAACAAAUAAAACUUAUGGUACAAAAAAUGUCAUAAGCUGUUAUAUACAGGUAUUUUUAGCUGUAUGAGAAGGGAACACCAUUAAUUCAGUCAAAAAUAGUUUUAAUGGGCCUGACACAGACCGUAAGUCGACCAUUUCGAAAACAGUUUGUCAUCAUUUAAAUCGCGGUAAAUUGUGUUACACUUCAGUUGUUGUUUUUUUUAUGUGUCAUCUUAAAUGUCUACCUGUUUAUUAUUAGUUUAUUUAAGUAUUAUAGGUAACUUUAAUUUAUUACAAGAAUUUUUUGUUGACAAACAGGAACAUUUUGAAAACGAUGUUUGUUUCAGAAUUAUCCAUAUUUUUCAACGGACUAUUAUGACUUUUUGCUAAAAUUUGUAAAAUGAUGUUAUGUUUUACAAAAACAUAAAUAGAUUUAAGAUAUUUUGUAUUGUACACAAAAAUUUGUCCGGUGGAAUACAAUAUGUCAAUUUUGAUCAAUUUUAACACUAUUCUCAUGGAAAUAUGUCAUUACCGUGAAACAAGAGAUGACCCGGAAUUAGUUAUUAGUAGAAUUAGUAACACCAUUAUUUUCUUUAUUUUGUUUUGCUCUUAUUAUAUGUUUUAAGAAUACAUAUUUUUGUAUGGUACGACAGCUUUAAAACAUUUGAAAUAUUUUGAUAUAAUAAUUGAUUUUUUAUGAAAAUGUAGAAAGAAAAUAAAGUAAAGCUGUGUAUUGAUAAGCUCAGCACGAAUUACAGUUUUCCUUCCUAUAAUUAUUGUUCACAAUUGGAAAUAUAAUAUCUGGUUAUAAUCGAAAAAUAAAACAUUGGGUAUAUUACCAUAAUGUUAGUAUCUUACUAUUUUUUACAUGUUUCAACAUUUUAAAGCAAAGACAAAUUUUACUGUACUGUAAAUAAUGUAAACGUAUUUUAAUAGUACAGUGUUCAUUUUAAAAAUUGAAUUGUUUUAUUAGUAGUUAUUUUUAUUGCUAAAUUUUUAUACGGAAAAGCAAUGAGGAAACAGUUAUCAUUUCUUAGUCUAGGAACACAAUUUUGGAUAUAUACCAUCAGCAUCAAUAUGAAGCUUAGGGGUUUGGAUAAUUGUUUCUAAAAUAACUUCACUUAAUGCUGUUAUUUCAGAUAACAGUUAACUAUGGAUCAUUUUAUUGUCAAUAACUUUUUGUGACACACUUGUUAAUAGUUUAAAAUUUAUUGGAUACAUAAUACUAGACUAGUAUCAGAUGGACACACAGUUUCCUCAUGAUCCAUAUACAGUUAAACUUCACAUUAUUUACACCAUUGUUUAAAUAUAGUUAACAAUAUUUAAGACCAAGUCAUUAUUUCAAUACUUGGUCCUUUAAAAAAGAUGCUAUGUAAUAUAUAUAAGAAAUUUAUAGAUUGAUUCAUCUCUUAUAUUUGUGUAUAGAAAGGCAUACGUAUUUUAUAAUGUUUUAUACUACAGUUUUAUAUCCUAAUGUACGUAUGAGGAGACAUAUUUGACUUGACUUGACUACUAUUAUACAAUAAUUUUUCAUAUUUUAUAAAUGUAACAUUUUGCUGAAAAUCAUUACAGCAGUACCUAUUGAAAAUAACAUUGUUGCACUUUGGACCAUGUUUGUGCGUUUUAAUAUUGUUUUUAUCAUGGCGUGCUUAAAAUGAUUUCUGUGUGAAUAUUUAAAGACUCAUUUAGCUGUGAAUGACAUAAAAUGAUAAAGCACCAUCCCUACAGAAUCAUGCCUAUUUUCAUGAAAAUUUUGAAAAUGUUUUUUAUAAGGAUAAUAUUUGAAGAGAACAAAGACAUUAUUUAACACAUUGCAAAUGACACUUACGAUCCUGUUAAAUUACCCCAAAGAGGUUAAAAUAAGCAAGAAAAGACCUUACUGCGUUAUCCACGCAUUAGAAAUAUGGUAAUAAACACUGUUACUGCAAAAUCGGUCGUAUAUCGCACAUAACAUGACUGAAUCACGAACUUUUUUACUUUUCGUCAAAUCUUAAUACAUUUUCCUCAAAUUUAUUUUUAAAAAAGUAUGUUGGUUCAUCUGGAGACAAAUAAUGGUUAUGUUAAACCUACAUGUGUUGUUUAUUCGACAGAAGUGAUCUUUUAUAAUAAAAUCUCAUUGUUUUUCUGACCUGUUAUUUGAUGUACUCAGUAUUAUCACUUAAAUCACUUAAAAGAUAAAUUAACGUCAACAUUAGUCUUUAACUUUUAUAUCGUUUGUCAUUAAACAACAAGGUAGGUUCUGUUCAUCUUUUGAAAUCAAAAUAUUUAUUAUGAACCUCAGCAGACAUUUUAUGAGGGUUUACAUUCAAUAUCAGCAUUUAGAGAAUUCCGCUUCUUUUCAUUUUCAUUAAAUAUAUUAUUGUUAAAUAUUUUCAGACAAAGACUGUAAUGAUUUACAACUAAAGUCAUCAAAAAUGAAAUAACUAAUCAAACUAUUUUGAGAUUCAAUAUUCAAAAUAGCAGCUUUUGCAGACAGUGUAGAACCUAGCACAUUUGCAACAGUUUAGACAGAAAAGAUGUAAACAAACUAUUUGAUAUCUUAUAUGCAAUAAAAGCUUUGUUUGUAUUAUGAUUUAUUAACGCUUAUGUAUGUACUGAAUGCAUUGUUUAUUUUGAUGGUUUAUUUUUUUUUCUUAAUGUAUGUACUCAACGCACUGUUAAUUAUGAUGAUUUGUCUUCCUAAAUAAAUGUACUCAACUUUCUGUAAAAUAUGAUUGUUUGUUUAUGACAAUGUUUGUUCUCAACUAACUUUUAAUUAUUGUGAAUUGUUAAUGCUUAUUCAUAGGACUCCACAGAGAUAGUUUAUUAUGACAAGACUUAAAAUUUUUGUUCGUGAAAAAUGUUUUAUUUGAUAUAGGUCUAGACCAAUAAAAUUUAUGUAUAAUUAUAUAUAAUUCUGUUUGCAAGAAUAAUUAUUUAACUAUGAAAAAUGAUACAAAAUUAAAAAGCGUCAUAACGCUUUUCGUUCAAGUAAGACUAAGAGUAUCAUAAGCAUACGACUUUUAAAUAAUACA